AUGGCCCAAAAACCGGUCGAAAAUAACAAGGACCCAAAACAAUGGUCGGAUGGGAAAAUCAAAAGUGAAGAUGGGAAAUGCCCUCUGGAAAAUUGUUCAAAUGGUUCUUCAAUUGAUCCAAAAAGGAGUUUGCCGGUUCAGAAAGAACAUUUGGAGGGUAAAUCAUCAAAUUUCCCCAACAUUUUGGCUGGACCAAGGACUCCAAGUAACACGUCAAUGGUCUCCUCAUCACCCACAAGUCUCCCUGCAUCGCUGACACCGCCAGAUUCACCGAGAACUAAAGAAGUCCCACGUCACGGCGCCAUCAAAUUUGACACUGCAAUGCUGCCGCUGGAAACACCGCCGCCAAUCCCGAGGGCGGUUACACCAUUUCCGUUCGACAUUGUCGACGAGAAUGCCAAAGGUUAGAUGAUUGGAAAUCUAAAAGCUGGGGAUUCUUUGUAACGAACUUUUGAACAAGCUCCGCGAAUAUUGACUAAAAGUUUCAAUUUUUUUAGUUUAUAUAGGACUAACAGGGGAAGUACUCCAAGUGCGACGCUCAGAUUUUCUUUAAAUUUUGCAUACCCGGCAGGAAAAUGAAGAGAGAAUUGCCCCAAAACCUUUGUUUUCUACUUUCAGCCUCCUCAACCUCCGGAAAAAACCUCCAUCAGCCAAAGCUCCCAGAGAAAGCAACAGCCGGAUUCAAUGAAAAUGUUGGCCCUGUGAUCUCUCUAAGACUACGGAAGACCUCCAGAUCGAAGAGAACUCAAGCAAAAUCAACAGUGGAUCCCACCAGACUUGACAUGAAAGAUUUUGUGGAUUCACAUGUCGAAAAGAAUGAAGAAAAACCUGCGUCCAAGGAGAUAGAAACAGUGAAACUUCAGAGUCAUCGAGAUGCCAAGGAGAAUCUGGAGAGUCCGUUGAAAGGUAAGAAGGCAAAGCAAUUGUAUCGACAUUACUAUUCGUUGUUUAGAAGAUGCCAAAAACUCCCCGAAAUUGGACUUGAACAAUCUGAUCACCGAAUUGAUGAACUCAGUCACCCAAGAUGAAAAGGGGAAUAUGGUAGUAGAGGAUCGGUUGAAGGACCCCGGAAUUAUCGAGCAGAUAAUCGUCAGGGCUAUGUAAGUUCCGUUUGAUUUUUUGCAAUUUUUGGCAAAAAAUUGACUUCGAUGAAAAAGUUAUUAAAGGAAAAAUUUUCAAAAGUAUUUAAAUUUUUUCGAUAUUUGGCAAAUUCUGCAAAGUGCGAUCUAUUUAUAAUAAAAAUUUGACAUUUAUUUAUUUUCGAAAAUUGCACUCUUAGUUUUUCAAGGCGUAAUCAUCGGUGUUUUAGAGAAUCCUUUAAGAAGCUCCCUUCGAUGCUCCGUCUACAUGCUCCGCUGUACAUUGUUGGCGACAUCCAUGGCCAAUUUACGGAUCUGCUGAGAAUUUUUGCUCUUUGCGGACAGCCGACGAAAACCGUAAGCUUAGUCGAAUCCGCUUUUUAGACUGCCUUUUUGACAUUUGUAAUGAUUUUUUUUCAGGUUUAUCUAUUUCUCGGUGACUACGUUGAUCGAGGUCCUCAUAGUCUCGAAGUGAUCUGUCUCUUGCUUCUACUCCGGAUACGAUAUCCAUGGAAUAUCCAUAUGCUCCGAGGGAACCAUGAAUGCAGUGCGGUCAACCGGACGUACGGGUUCUCGGAUGAAUGCGAAAGCAGAUUUCAACACAUUCCAGUGACAACUACCGUAUGGGGAGUCAAGGCGGUAAGAUGCGGGGACAUUUACUGGGAGAUAGAAUAUUAUUGUUAUAACAAUGGGAAACUCAUGAUCACAGUUUUUUUCCACCAAUUUUUUUUUUAUUUUUAUGUGGACUGAUUUUUGCCAUUGAUACAAAAAACGAGUAGUCAUGAUUUUGGUCUUGAGUUUUCAGUUUAAAAAUCCCAAUUCAGACUGACAUGAAAGGCACUCAAGUUUGGUAUCGUUUCCAAGACGUCUUCAAUUGGCUCCCGUUCUGCGCUCUAAUCAAUGAGAGAAUACUGUGCAUGCAUGGCGGAUUAUCUCCCAAUCUUGAAAGACUUGAGCAGCUGGAGGCCCUGAAACGGCCGAUCGACCCGUGCGAAGCUGGCUUACCAAUCGAUUUGUUGUGGCAAGUGUUUUAGAAAAAUUAUUUUUUUAAACUUUUGGUUGCGAAUUACAUUUGUCUCUCAACUUAUGUCCUAAAUUUUGUUUUUUUUCAGGGCGGAUCCGGAUAUAAAAUUGCCCUGCGGCGAGGAGGAUCCACAGUACGGCCCAUCGAACCGAGGUAUCUCCAGUCACUUCAAUGUGAGGGCCGUAAUGGAAGCUUGUCGAAACUUGGGUCUGGAUAUGAUUGUAAGGGCGCAUCAAGUUGUUCAGGUAAGAGAUUACAGCCAUUUGAGACCUUUUGUCAAUUUUAAUUUUUUUAAAAUUCACAAAAAGUGGCUUCUUCACGCAAUGUCACUAUUGAUUUUUUCUUGAAAUUGAAUAUCAGAAUAUACACGCCCUCAUAUAUUACCUCAUGUCUUCUGUGUUUUAGGAUGGAUACGAAUUUUUUGCCCAGCGACAUCUGGUGACCCUGUUUUCGGCUCCAAAUUACUGUGGCCAAUACAACAACGCCGGAGCGAUAAUGUCGGUCAACGCUGACUUGAUGAUUACUUUUAAGGUAUGUUUUUGGGGGCUUCCAGUAGUUUGUCGUAUUUUAGCAACUAAAACCAGUCAGUGGAACGCCUUGCAGGAAGAAAGUCAAAUCUACGGAGAUCAACUUUGAUGACAUUGAUUUGGACGCACUUUGCUCAGAAGAUGAGAAAAAGGAGUAA